AAACAAUCCCAGUCAAAUACCGUAUAAUAUUUAGCAUUCCCUUAAUUUCAACAUAAACCAGCCGAGUGGAGAGUCGCUGGAAAUUGGGGAUACGACGGUAGAUUUGUACACUUCGAAGAUUAUUACUGUCAUCGUCCCUGCAUCUCAUCCUCUACCUUACUCUCUCUCUGGGCUGAGAUCGUUGAUCUGAAAAGAAAUAGGUGAGCGAAAAAUCAUUUCUUCUCAAAGGAGGAGCUCAGGAGGAUCUGAAUAUUCACCACCAUCCGUUUCUUCUUUACUCCAGGUAAUUCCUUUUGAAGUAUGGUGAAACUUACAAUGAUUGCCCGUGUCACUGAUGGUCUUCCACUAGUGGAGGGUUUGGAUGAUGGACGUGAUGUUCAAAAUGUGGACUAUUACAAACAACAAGUUAAGGCGUUGUUUAAGAACCUCUCUAGAGGUCACAAUGAAGCUUCAAGGAUGUCUGUUGAAACUGGCCCCUUUAUAUUCCAUUAUAUAAUUGAAGGCCGUGUCUGUUAUUUGACAAUGUGUGAUCGUGCUUAUCCAAAAAAACUUGCCUUUCAAUACUUGGAAGAUCUUGCAAAUGAAUUCGAGCGUGUUAAUGGGAGUCAAAUUGAAACUGCUGCGAGACCUUAUGCAUUCAUAAAAUUUGAUACGUUCAUUCAGAAAACAAAAAAAUUGUACCAGGACACAAGAACUCAGCGGAACAUUGCUAAGCUUAAUGAUGAACUAUAUGAAGUUCACCAAAUAAUGACGCGUAAUGUACAGGAAGUUCUUGGUGUUGGUGAAAAGUUAGAUCAGGUCAGUCAAAUGUCCAGCCGGUUGACAUCAGAAUCUCGCAUAUAUGCUGAUAAGGCAAAAGAUUUGAAUCGACAGGCUCUGAUCCGGAAAUGGGCUCCUGUUGCAAUUGUCUUAGGAAUAGUCUUUCUUCUAUUCUGGGUGAGGAAGAAGAUUUGGUGAUUUUCCGGAUUGAUCCAAUUCUAGAAUACUUGUUCUGCUUUUUUACUCCGGCACUCUAGGUUGCCUGUUCAAAAUUCUUGAGAAACCAGAGAUUUUGUAUAAAUAUAUAUAUUUCGACAUGGAAGCUUUAAGGCAUUCGGUUCAAGUACACCUAUGAGGACUGGGUGCCUUUUAAUCGUUAAAGAUUUUUGCUUAUAUCAUAUGCUUAUCAACUGUUUUUAUUAAUGAA